GUUUGCCUGUUUGCCCAGAGCUGACUCGAGAGCACAUUCCUAAAACCAGGGAUGUGGGUCACUUUUUGUCCGUUACUGGGACUGUCAUACGUACCAGUCUGGUGAAAGUUUUGGAGUUUGAGCGGAGUUACAUCUGCAACAAGUGCAAGCAUGUGUUUGCCGUCAGGGCUGACUUUGAGCAGUACUACGCCUUCUGUCGUCCAUCCGCCUGUCUUAACGAACAUGGCUGCAACUCAACCAAGUUCACCUGUCUCUCUGGAACCACCUCUUCUCCUGCCUGCUGCAGAGACUAUCAAGAAAUCAAAAUUCAGGAACAGGUUCAAAGACUGUCUGUUGGAAGCAUCCCUCGUUGCAUGGUGGUUGUUCUGGAAGAUGACUUAGUGGACAGUUGCAAGUCUGGAGAUGACAUCACAGUGUACGGAGUGGUAAUGCAGAGAUGGAAACCUUUCCACGAGGGUGCACGCUGUGACUUGGAGCUUGUUUUGAAAGCCAACUAUGUUAAAGUAAACAAUGAGCAGCUAGCAGGUGUUGCAAUGGAUGAAGAAGCCCGCAAGGAAUUUGAAGACUUCUGGGAAAAGCAUAGGAAUGAUCCCUUAGCAG